AUGGCGCAAAAACCGCGAAAGCUUCAGCGCGUCUCCAAAGCCUGCGACUUUUGCAACAGACGCAGCAUUAAAUGCAGUCAGGGUGAGGACCCGCUAGGCCGCUGUCAAAACUGUACGGACUUCGAUGUGCCGUGCACCUUUGAUCGCCCCGUAAAACGCGGGGGCGUCAAGGCUGGCACUCGGGCGAGUGAUCGCGAUGCUCAGUUUGUGCGAGCAUCAGUUGACCACGAUAGUGCUACGGCAGCCACGACGGCAACUGGCGGAAUAACCCCCAGCUCCUCGACUUCUCGCAAUUCGUUUAUCCAAUCAACCUCCCGUGAUCCCUGGUCUGCGUUUAAUCAUAGCUCAUCAACAGCUGAAGGUGAUAAAGACGAUGGGGCGCUGCGCAAUUCUUGGAAAGCGUUUGCCAUUGCCUGUGACCGGCAGAUAAAUCAUUUAGUCCAGGUUUACUUCGAGAUCGUGUAUCCAAUAUUUCCCUUAUUCCACAUGCCAUCGUUCAUAGAGCAGGUCAACAACAAGGAGUAUUUUCAUAACCAAGCGCUCUUUGCCUCCACAAUGGCCGUUUGCUCUUUGGUGUCCGGUCGCGUGCGUGACGGUGCGUUGUACACUAAGAGGUGGGACCGAGAGGAGCUCAUAGAUCCGCCCUCGGAGGUUUUCUUUGCAGCUGCUAGGGACUCGAUUCCUGAGGACCUUGUCGUGGUCAAAGGUAUUGAGUACAUGCGGGCGUGUGCCAUACUUGCUAUCGCUAGCAUUCAAAACGGUCAGAUCAAAAACAUGCAGAAGUAUUCCGGCUUAUACCACACCUUGUCUUCGAUGGAUGGUCUUUAUGACGAGAAGCUCUGGCCGGAAGACUUAAGUCCAAUUGAGACAGAGGAGCGUCGGCGACUUUUUUGGUCUAUCUAUACGCUAGACAUAUAUUCGACUAUUGUGUGGGGUGGCGUCAUCCGAUAUCGUGAAGCACAUUCAUUAGUGCACUACCCCAGUGAGGUAGAGGACGAGUUCAUCACCCAACAUGGCUAUGGCGUGCCUUGUGUAUACCCGGAAUCGAGUUCGAUUCCGCCUAGCAAUGUGACCGUCGUCUCUCGCCAGCCUAUAACCUGGCUACGUGGCUGGAACUUCACCACAGACCUGUACCGGAUUCUGGAGCAUGUGAUCGAUAGCAAUAGACGCUGCCUCUCUUCCGCGAACGGGACGACAGAAGUGUGGUCAUUGUUUCAACCGUUAUCUAUGUCAGAGUCGGUAGUCAUGGAACAAGUCCGUACUAUGUACUCAGCACUUCCAACUCAGUUUCGAGAGACGCCGCCCACUACAGGAGACAUGUCUAAGGACUUAUUCGGGUUUCAGUCGGCCAAUAUUCAGGCGACGCUACAACUACUUCGAAUGGUGCUCUUAUCUACAGAGGAGAUCGGGGUGGAGCGAAAAUGUGAUAUAGCGGGGGAAGUACUCAGCGUGUUUUCGAAUGUACCCGUCGACUACCUAAAAGCGACAAGCUCCCCUUUGCUCCAUCACCUUGGCGGAAUUGGCUACAUCCUCGGCUCUGUCAUGGAAGGGAAUUUGUCUGAAGCAUCAUACAAACGAGUUCGAACAUUAUUCCUAACCGAUAUCUUCAUAUGUAGGCUUGAAAUGGCAGAUCUCUUGCAACGUCUUGAAACAGGCUUACACCGUGCCUCCGGUGCUGGCGAACGACUGCGGUCCCAAGUUGAUCGAAUUGAUGGAUACAUGCGUACCUUGCUUCUCUUGGAUCUUACUUCACCAGAUAACGCGAUGCAAGACAUCGACACAAAAUCUGAAACUGCCGUUCCGUCAGCGUAUGCACAGGGCACCCCCGCCGUCGGAGCCUCGGCUGGUACUGGCCUCGAGCAGAUGUCCCAGUUUCAGCUGCCACCAGAACUGCUCUCAGAUUGGUCAUGGCCCUUAGAUUCUUACAAUUCCGAAGGAUUUCUGCCCCUGUCAUUCGAAUAG